AUGGCGGAAAAGCUACUAACAGGCUCAGCCCUGACGUUCGUGAGGCAAGAAAGGUGUACGAAGACGUGGUUGAAGUCUAAAAACGCCUUGAAAGACGAGUUCGAGCAUGUGGUGAGCGAUCAACAAAUUCACCGCGAGCUGGGGCCAAGGAGGAAGAAAUCCGACGAGACCUUGCAGCAAUACAUGUACAAUAUGCGCGAGAUUGAGGCACAAGGAAUAGUAGAUACGAAAUCUUUGAAGCGGUUCAAGCAGUAUGAGGCGAUAAGAGAUAUGAAGACGAAAACAAAAAUCGUGGAACGAAAGGAUGAUAAAGAAAGACGACCGGAAGAAAAGAAUAGUCCAAAGCGGAAGCCGACGGAUAGUGAAAAGCGGAAGUGUUAUACUGCCGUGUUAAUCCAAAAGGGCGUAUCUGCAAUUUUAUCAGAAACGACGUACGAGACCACCCAGGACACGGACGGAUUAUUUACGGAGACUGCCAAGCUCAAUGUUCGGCUAACGAGAGGCGAUUUAAAGGCGCGUUACGAAUGUCGGGUUGCCAGCGACGCUCUCCAACGACCGAUGAUGGCUUAUCUCGACAUGGAAGUGCUCGUGCGGCCCUCAGACAUGAAACUUGAAUAUCAGGAGCAGGUUGUUCAGGGUAACGACGUUCUGAUUAUAUGCGAUGUUUUCGGCGCAAACCCCGCGGCGGACGUCAAAUGGUUCAACAACUCUAAGCCCAUCACGAAUGAAAGCCUUGUUCAUACCGUGCCCGAGGCGAUGCCGAUUCUCACUAAAAUUGAGGAUAACCGGAACGGGACGUUCACGACGAAAAGCCAGCUGCAGUUCAGGGCGACCCGAUACGACAACGGCCAAAUUUUCCACUGCUACGCCGAGAAUUCGGUCAUACGCAACAAGACCGCGCUCUUCCACAGGCAGGUCCUGAUCCAGGUGAAAUAUGCUCCGGUCGUUUCCGUGAGUCCGGAGAAUACGACGACGAACGAAACGGCGCAGAACAUACUGAUCGGGUGCAGAUACACGGCGAACCCCUUGGAGCUUAAGGCGGUUUAUUGGAUGAAGAACGGCAAGAAUUUGACUUUAAAUAGGGAGAAGUACGAGGGUGGGACGCCGCUGCAUCCGCCCCUUAUAAUCAAGAAUGUAACGCGAGACGAUAUGGGGGAGUACGUCUGCGCGUGUAUGAACGACGUCGGAUUAUCCGAGUCGGAAAACUCGGCGUACCUGAACGUGCAAUAUCCCCCGACGGUUGAGGUAAUCAUGGACCCGGAGGCCCCCGUCAAAGCGGUUGACGGGGUUAACGUGACCGCAAUGUGUAACGUGGUCGCGGGUAAUCCUCCGACUCUUCUAAAGGUACGAUGGUUUCUGGGCGACGAUCUUCUGAAGGAGCUGCCCGAGUGCAAUUACACUUCGAACGACGUGGACGGUUACGGGGGGCUCUACUGUAACGUGGACCCUAGUAUUCUCAGCUUGGUUACCGUCGACCAAAGUUUUGCGGGCAAUUAUACUUGCAGAGGGAUGAAUAUUUACGAUUGGGGGGCUCAGUCGGAGCCGACCGAAUUGGUUGUUUACUACCCCCCAAGCGGCGCGAAGCUGACUUACACCCCAUCCAAGGUGAUAAAGCGGGGACAGGUCGACCUUCACUGCUCCGUCGAGCACGAGGGCCGGCCCAAGAACCUCACCUACAUCUGGUACCGCGGAAUUCACAAAAUGUCCGGGGAGACCUCGUCGAAAUUGACGAUCAACCCCGUCAAGCUAGACACGCGGAACAACUUCACGUGCUCGGCGAGUAACGAGGGAGGAAUCAGCGAUUCGUCGACUGUUUUCAUUAACGUGUCGGCCCCUCCUACGUUUAUCACUCCCCUAACCUACCAGCACGUCAGAAGCUUUCAGCCGAACAUGUCGCUGACGUGCCGAGUCGAGUGCUCUCCCCUCUGCUACAUAUCCUGGUUCAAAGAGAACGAGCAAAUUGACACGCGGAACACUAAGCUCUACGACAUCAAAACCACGAUUCGGGACGCGAACGGAAAGACCGGCGACUUUGAGUCGAUCGAGUCCACUUUGAUUUGGAACGUCGACGCCUGGCCGACGCAUCCCUUCGCCAAAACCGCCCCAACCGUCCACUACAUGUGCAUCAGCUCCUCGAACGGUUUCGGCAACGGGGUCAACGCCUCCGUUCCGGUGGAAGUAGAAUAUCCCCCCGAAAACCUGACCCUCACCAACUACACCGUCUCGGUAGUCGAGGGCAAGUACCCGCCCGAGGUUUUCUGCACCGGAAAGGGCUUCCCCCACCUGCACUACUUCUGGAGGAGGCAGAACUCGAGCAAAAUCCUCUCGUACACGCAGGCGCUAACGUUCGAAACACCCGUCUCGAGAUCUCAAUCGGGCAGCUACGUCUGUGAGGCGAAUAACACGCAUGGAAUCGCUCAGGCUGUGUUGCACUUAGAAGUUCAAUAUCCUCCCCAGUGCGUAAUCACGAAGGGGGAGUACAACGGGAACCCCGCGCUCCUGUGCAUCGUCGACGCGAACCCCGACAAGGUGGCGUUCACGUGGAAGAUACAGGGGGCGAACGACUCGCUCGACGAGCCGCUCAACACGCGCCAGGAGGGAGUGCGCGGCUUCCUGCUGUUGCACUCCGGCGUCGAAACGCUCCGCACCUACCAGUGCUUCGCGACUAACAGCGCCGGAACCGGCUCCAGGUGCAUCAUCGACGUUACCGCCUAUCAGGAGCAAAGUAGUCAAGUGGGAGCUCCAGGGGAGGCGGCGCGCUGGUGGCACGUCUUCGGCACCGGCAACAACGUGAUACUCAUCGUGAUCGUCGUGGGCAUCAUUCUAUGCGCCAUCUUCGUGUGCAUCAUCAUCAUAAUCAUCAUCUGCGUCUGCAAGAGGAGGAGGGCGCGGAACAAAUAUAACAAUCCGGUGGAGAUGGAGGAGCGCGAAAAGCCCGACGGUUAUUCUCCCGACGUAGCCGCUCGUGCGAAAUGGCCGCUGAAACCCGGCGUUUUGGUACACGUGAAUUCGAUGCGAAACUUAAACAUGUGCCAAAGCACCGAGUCGUCGCCGCCCCCGCCCUUGAUUAAAACGUCAAAUAAUAAGUACGCAAGAGGCAAGAGCAAGGUUUAUGCCAGAUUGGGGAAGUUGCGGGACAUUUUAGGAUUCGGCGACCACGAGCUGGUUCCGAGCGGAAUCUACCACAGUCCUGGAGGAGUAGUGACGUUUAAGAGGUUUAAUAAUCCGCCAUCGCGCCCGGAAAUCCAGCCGACCGUAGCCUCGAGGAAACGAAAACGGCCAGGUUACGUGCCAAACCAAUCUAUUAUAGCAGAUAGGGACAGAUUGGGGGGACACGACGGCUUAACGGAGCCCCUUACUCCCGAAAAGGGUUUCUACGAGAAUCUUCCCUUUCAUGGUAUCCAAACCCCUCCGAAUAAACCUAUUUCGAUUAUAACGCCGUUUAUGAAGGGCAACGCCGGAAACGUCCCCAAUUCCUUCAGCCCACCCCUAAAAAUCCAACAGUAUCGUCCUGUGCACAGUGCUAAGCCGAACUCGCGCGUAAUUCGUCCCGUCCAAAGGCACCAGUCGUUUCACGGAUUUGGUACCGAGAGCCCCCUACCGAAGCCAGGUGAACUACCACCCUCCGUGCCCUACAGAUUCCCACACGCGUCAUCUGGGAACUGUAACUAUGGAAGUUUCGCCGAUUUGUCGUACCAGAAGCAUCGCGUCAUUGGCAGACGCGAGCAGCUCAAAGUAACGAGUGAAAAUUCGGUCAAUACCAUAAAAUCAACACAACCCCCCAGCGCGAACGAAAAACGCUUCGGGUCGUUGGAACUGAAAAAGCACAAAUGCUACUCGCCCACCUUUUAUUCCAUGAGGUGUAAAAAGCACUCAAAGGGACGCUCUUUAAUUUACGCCGUACCGAAAAAAGUAGACGCCGCGUCAGCCGAUAUCAAAGACGGCAUACAAAUAAUGGGGCAAAAUACCGGACUGACAGAAACACCGAAACCUGCCCCGCGUUGCAAGCGACAUCGAAAAAAUUCGUGCCACGUAUACGAAAACGUAUCCUCCUUAAAGGGGGAUCCCGAAAACUUGGAUAGCUCAAAUAACAGCUCCGAGAACGGGGUCGAGAUAUCUGUCACCGAGGCUUUAGUGCACACCGACGAUAGUGCAAAUCCCAUCCCCAUCCCUCAAAUGCCCCUCAUCGACAAGUGGACGCCCGCAACUAACCAGAACGCUUUUUAUACAUUAACAACGCCCCAUUAUAAGCACGUAGCCAGUCCCCAAAUAUCUCAGCAACAGUACGCGGCCACGAUUCCGCAUCAAAAACACAUGAAGCUCCUGCCGAGAUCGCUAUUUCAAGACCAGCAGAUUUCGAAGAGCAAAUCGUUCUCCACCCGAACCAAGCAGAAGAAGCACUUCCAGAUCCCGCUGCAGAAGUGCCACAGUUUUAAGUUCCAAACGGCCGAAAGCUACUUUCAGCCGAUCAAGAACGUUCACGAGGAGAACCUGAUGCGAAACGGCUACGUGUCCGAUUUCGGUCCCGGCUAUAACGACCGGGAGCACGGUCGCUCGCACAAGCGGGACAAGUACAAAAAUAAGGGUCCGCUCGUGCUGAGAAGACCGAGCGAGUACCAGGAGAACUCGUCGAGCGAGCUGCACAAGAUGGUACAGCUGCAGUACCCUCAGCCGCUCUACACGAAAAACAAAUCAAACACGAACCGACCAAAUGGUAUUGUAUACGCCGAUUUAGAUAUGCCUAAAAGUAGUAAUAGUAGUAGUAAGAAAGGGGCGCAGGUGAGCAGCCCGCACUCGCAAUUACCAAAAACCAAACCAAAGACUGAAUACGCGACUCUCAACUUUAACGAAGUCGGAAAGGAGAUCGACGUUUAACAGUAGCGCCCUCUGCACUUGUGUCAGCCCUUCAAGCCGGAAUUCAGCGAUCUGGUUUACGCUGACGUCGAUUAUCGUUCCUACGGACCUAUAAAUUACAAGGCAGCAUCAUUGAAUGCCCUCGCAUCCAAAAA